CGGGAGCGGAACGGGCCGGCGUCCGGGGUGGCGGGGGCGCCCCGAGGGCAUGGGGAGCCCCCUGCUACCGCCCCUGCUCCUCACCCUCUGCCUGGGCGCGGGGGUCCCCUCGGAGCCGCCCCCGGUCCGGGUGGAGGUGCGGGAGGCCGGGGGGGCCCGGCGGCUGCUGGUCCGCUGCCUCUUCCUGGGCCGGGGGUCGGUGUCGCAGGUGGCCGUGAGCCUGGGGGGCCCCGACGGGGAGGGCGGCCGGGCCCUGGCCCUGCUCGACCCCCGCCACGGCAUCCGCCGGGCCCCGGCCGUCGACGCCAGCUGGGACUCGGACGCCGGGGUCUCCCUGACGGUGGAGCGGCCGGACCCCGGGCCCCCGGCCCCCCCCAACGCCACCUUCUGCUGCAAGUUCGCCACCUUCCCCACCGGCACCUGGGAGGCCUGCGCCCACCUCGAGGAAGGCGACGCUUCCGACUCCCCGAAGGACGGAGCCUCGGCCCCCUCGGGCGUCCGGCUGCGCGCUGACCUGCUGGGCCUCCUGGGGGUCUCGGCCGCCCUGCUCCUCGGCUGCUUCUGCCUCCUGCGCCACAUGCUGCGGCGGAGGCUCUGGACGCCCCCAAGUCUCUGGAAGGCCGGCCCCUGGACCCGCACGGGGGCCAAGCGGAAGGGCCCCGAGGGUCCCCACACCCCAUACGUCAUCAUCAACAUGGACUACUUCUCCCCGCCGUCCCCCCCGCCCGGACCCCCACAGCCUUGCCCGCCGAUCCCCUCGUCCCAGACCCCGACCCCAGCCUCCCGCCCCAAGCCCCCCGCCCCCCGGAAUCGGCUCUACCAUCAGACCCCGGGGGGCCGCGGCCGGACCCUCACCCCCGGGCCCGACCCCCCCACCCGACCCCGACCCCCUUCUCCACCCCCGCCCCGACCUCAGACCGAAAACGGGCCCGGGCGCGGGCUGGGGCCUAAGCAGGCCUGCCGGGGCUAA